CUUAAGCUGAUCAGACAGCAGUUUACUGUUCACAAAUGCUGAGAUCAUGGCUUUAAACCUCUCAGGAGUUUCAUUUUAACUUUUACAGUAACUUGGUCCACUCAAUGGAUCCACAUGAAGGACGGAUUUUUAGAUACAAGACAUCACAAUACACAAUAUCAUGUCAGUGGAAUCUCAAAAGAUGUUUGCUGUUCUUCACUGCGAUUGCUGUGAUUGUUGUGAUGGUUAAGAAACUUAAUGUGAAGCCCACAGUGAAACCCAAUGAGAAAUGUUAUCCUCAUGUAGCAGUGGCUGCAGAUGCUGGGAGAUGCUCUGAGGUUGGCAGGGACAUCUUGAAGAAGAAGAAUGGUUCAGCAGUCGAUGCAGCUAUCGCUACUCUGUUGUGUGUCGGUCUGUUUAAUCCUCACAGUAUGGGAAUAGGAGGAGGAGUGGUGUUCACCAUAUACAAUGCAUCUACAGGAAGGGUGGAGGUGAUUGAUGCCAGAGAAACUGCUCCAAUUAAAGCUUCAGCAGAUAUGUUUGACAAAGACCCCAAAAAAGCAGAGUCAGGUGGAUUGUCCAUUGGUGUACCAGGACUCAUCCGUGGUUUCGAGAUGGCACACAAAAGGCAUGGAAGACUAAAAUGGAGUGAACUGUUUGAGCCCAGUAUACAGUUGGCACGCGAGGGUGUUAAAAUUGGCCAUGCCCUGGGUGAAGCCAUCAAAGAGAAAAAUGUCUCGAUUCUGAAUGACACCAUAUGGUGUGAAGUGUUUUGUAAAUCCAACAAGACUCUUUGGAAGGAAAAUGAUACAAUACAUUUUCUCAAACUAGCUGACACAUAUGAGACGAUAUCAAAACAUGGGCCAAAUGCUUUUUACAACGGAUCACUGACCCAGAAUAUAGUGAAGGACAUCCAGGCCGCAGGAGGAAUUAUAACAUCUGAGGAUCUACAGGGAUAUAGAGCGAGGUUGAAUGAAUACGCAUUAAACUUUACAGUGAGGAAUUAUACAUUUCAUGUCCCUACUGCUCCAUUUGGUGGACCUGUGCUUGCAAUGAUCCUCAAGAUAGUCAACGGAUACAACAUCUCAAGCAGCAGUAUGUGGACAAAUGAAAGUAUGAUUUUGACAUAUCAUCGGAUAAUAGAGUCUUUCCGCUUCGCUUACGCUCGUAAGAGUAGACUGGGGGAUCCUCAGUAUGUCAAUGUCACUGAUUUCAUUCAGGAAAUGAUAUCAGACAAGUUUGCAGAUUACAUUAGAAGUAAGAUCAACGACAACACCACCAAACCUGAUGACUGUUAUGAACAUGAUACCUCUCCAUCUGAUGACAAUGGGACAUCUCAUCUGUCUAUCAUUGCAGAAGAUGGCAGCGCUGUGGCUGUCACCAGCAGUAUCAAUGAUCGUUUUGGCUCCAUGGUGAUGUCAAACUUAACAGGCAUCAUCUUUAAUGACCAGAUGAGUGAUUUCAGCUUCAAUAAGACAGGAAAGAAAAUCAAUCAGAACAACUUAAUUGAACCAGGUAAAAGGUCUCUUUCAUCAAUGUGUCCAACAAUAAUUAUGGACAACUCACAGCCAAAACACAAGCGAGUAAAAAUGCUGAUUGGAGCUUCAGGUGGGACAAAGAUCACAACAGCAACUGCACUGGUGAUCUUAAACUAUCUGUUCUUUGACUAUGGCCUGAAGAAAGCUGUUGAUGAACCCAGAGUUCACAAUGGAUGGGAACCUAAUGUGACGUUUGUCGAAGACAAAUUCGAUAAGUUUGUAAUUGAUGGAUUAAAGCAGAAGAAUCAUACAAUUCAGAAUAUUGGUCCAUUGGGCAAGGUCCAGGCAGCUGUACGACAGGCUGACCAAAUCUGUGCUGAAUGUGACUACAGGAAAGGCGGCUAUCCUGCGGGAUACUGAUAACAAGUACUGUGUCGGGUAUACAGCUCCUUAAAGUCGUGUUGUGCAUCGAUUUUUCUAAUUCCACCUAGUAAAUUUGUAUUUUGUCUAAUCUAUUGUUAUCAAUUCUGAAUCUGACAAAAGACUCAAUAUCUUAAUAUUUUAUGCUUUUGUUUACAAGUGCCAUGUUGUUUUGAGAUAGAGUAACCAUCCUUACUUUCUGGUAUUUGCUACAAUGGUCCCUACAAUACUUUUUAUUGUAUUAUUAUUGUAUGUUCAGUCAGGUUCAUCAGAAAACCUUAAUUUCUUUUAUCUUGGUGAUCAGAAUUAAGCAUUUUAGAGUGCCACAUAAUAAUAAACAUUGAAAUCACAGUAAAAUGACAGUGAUAUUAGUAACAUUAUUGAUGGAUUAUUGUUUUGAGCUUCAUAAUUUAAAUUGGUUUGUUCGUCCCCACGAACAAAAGGUGAUAGAGCUUUCUCAAUUGCUGCUCCCCAUCUCUGGAAUCACUGGACAUCCGCCUUGCACCUUCUGUUGUAACUUUUAAAACACUGUUGAAAACAUACUUGUACUCCCAGGCAUUUUAAUUUACUGUCUUUUAAUAUGUUGUUUUGUCUGUGCUUUCUGUUUUAUUUCUGCUUUCCCUGUUUUUAUUUCUGCUUUGUUCAGCACUUUGUCAGCGCUGCUGUGAUAAUUGUGCUAUAUAAAUAAACAUUCAUCUCAUGUUUAAUCUUAAAAAAAGGGGGUUGCACUUUGAAAAUUUACUUUUAUAAAUGUAACAGAAACAUAAGGUUCUUUUAACAUUAAUGAAAGCCAAAAAUUAGAUUUCUGGAUGUACAUUUAAAGUUUGGAUAAACAUAACAUUUAAUAUAGGCUAGUCACAAAAGUCACACCAAAAUGUCAGUGUGUGAGAACAAUUCAAAGGUUUCAGGUUUCUCUAAACAGAAAAAACGAAGGGUAUCAUUCUUAAGUCUUCUGAGGGAGCACUUAUCUGGGUAAAACCUAUGAAUUAACUUAAAGAUAAUUUCUCUCACUUUGUUAAUUACUAAAUACUUGUGAGAUAAUGUCCAAUUUUUUUUCCAGGGAAUGUCACUUACAUGUCAAUUUCAGUAAUAAAUAACAUAUGGCAUAGAUACGGAUUCCUCCUGAAACAAGACUCUAAUUUUCUUAUUGAUUUUUGUCUUAGAUGAAGAAAGACACUGUUUUACAUAGAUCCACUGAGUGACAAAAGGAUAAAAAGGAAAUCAAGAAAAUUUAAACCCCCCUUAUCAAUGGUAUUCACCACAGAUAUCCUGACAAAAUGAGUUUUAUUCUUCCAUACAAAGUUAAGGAGUAUUGUAUCAACUUUUUAAGAAUGGCGGUGAUGACUAGCUGGGUUUUCACUAUGUUCAUGUUUAAUGAUGAUUGUUUAAAUGUUUUGAUAUUUGCUGUCACUGAUAAUUAAAUUAAAUUGCCUUUU